ACCUUUCUCCAAACACCCCUUUUCCAGUUGCUAUAUAUAUAAACCAAUAUCAUAUUUUGUUCAAUCAACAAAUCAACAAAUCAACAAACACAAAAGGAUGGAUCAAUACAAAGGUUCAGAUGUGGAUAAGUACAGAUGUUUCAUGAGUGGAAAAGGUGAGAAGAACACCACAUGGAAGUUGGGUGUUCCCCCUAACUUUGAUGUGGUCAACAAGCUCUUUGAAGCAGGAAGAACAAAGAUAUGGCCCACAGGUUCAUUGGAAGAGCAAGUUCAGAAUCUUGUGAAAACAUGGGAAAUGGAGAUAUUCCACAAACUGAAUCCCAAAGAUUUCAAAACGUGUGACGUCACAAAGUUAACAACUUCUGUUAAUGGUAGGAAACCAAUGACACCGCAAGAUGUAGCCAAGAUAGGCGGAGGAUACAAUAUGUUUCUUCAAACUUCGUUGCCUGAAAAGCUACGUUUGUAUAAUCCUACCGAUGAAACUGUGGAUACGGCUCACAAGCUCUUCACCACCACCUUUCCUCGUGGUUUUGCGGUGGAGAUUCUUCAGGUUUACUCAGGUCCACCAGUGAUUGCGUAUAAAUUCAGGCAUUGGGGUUACAUGGAAGGCCCAUUCAAAGGUCAUCCGCCUACCGGAGAAAUUGUAGAAAUGUUUGGUGUCUCCACAAUGGAGUUGGAUGAAGAGUUGAAGGUGAUGAAGGUGGAGUUCUUCUACGACAGAGGAGAGCUUCUUGCAGGUCUCACCAAAGGUGGUGGUGCCACCGCCGCCGGAGAUUCAAACACCGGUGAGGGCGAGGGGACGUCUUCAAGUUGCCCUUUUUCUUAAACGAAAAUAAUAGACAAUUUAGAGUUCCAAUAAACUAAAUUAUGAUUUCUUUGUAAUUCCAGCUUGCAUGUUUGAAAUCUUCCGAG